CUCAACAGAGACUCAGUGAGCCGGCGAGUUCGGGAACACGGUGCUGGGCAUCGUUAUGCGGUGUAGACGGCCAGGGUUCGGUUGCGCGUGCUGAAGAGCGACAAGAACAUUGCCGCGCUCAGCUACAGAGAUCGAUAGUGAGCUUCUGCAGCCAUCAAUGAAUGCUGUACCGACCACUACCUGCCAGUGUCGUGAUGUUCGCGUUCCGUGCUUGAUGCCCAUUUCGACGCUGCUCGCCAUCUUAUACGUCUUCGGCGCCACAUGCACUGCUGGCCUCAGCCGCCGAUUUGCUUCCGCUUCGGCGCGUCUCUCUCCCGCGCGUCAUAGAUCCAGGAACAAGCCACGUCAGAAAGUCAAUGUUGUGACCUGCAAGUGAAUUCCACCAGCUCAGCCCACCAUGAAGCUUCAGAAGCUGCUGCUUGGCGCGGCCGCGUUCUUCCUCCCCUUCGCUGCGGCGCAGGAGGGCGCCGAUGUUGACGAACAUGAGACGUUCAACUACCGGAGUGACAUCGCGCGCUUGCGAUCCCUCGUAAUCCACUCCCUGUACUCGCACAAGGACGUGUUCUUGCGCGAGCUGCUGUCGAAUGCGAACGAUGCGCUUGAGAAGCUCCGCCUCGAGUCGCUUACCAAUCGCGACGUGCUGAGCGCCGGCGAGCCGAACAUCACCAUCUCGGUCGAGACUGAGGACGGCAAGACCGGCCGGUUGAUCGUGCGCGACACCGGCAUCGGCAUGAACAGGUCCGAGCUCGCAAAGAACCUCGGUACAAUUGCGAGGUCGGGCACCAACGAGUUCCUUGCCAAUGCCGAGCGCACCGGCAAGGCUGAUACCAACUUCAUCGGCCAGUUUGGCCUCGGCUUCUACUCGUCCUUCCUUGUCUCGCCCACCGUCCAGGUCUCGUCCAUUCCGCCUGUGUCGGAGAAAGACCCAGAGCCCGUGCAGUACACCUUUGUAUCGUCAGCCAAGGGUGACAAGUUCGAGGUGUUCCGCGACCCGCGCGGCAACACACUUGGCCGUGGUUCAGAGAUCGUCUUGGACAUUGGCGAAGAGGACAGCGAGUUCCUUUCGCCAACCACUCUCAAGGCCUUGAUCGAGAAGCACUCGACGUUCUCGACAACUUUCCCGAUCUACGUUCGUGAGGCAACGGCCAAGACGAAGAGCGAAGAUGGGGACAGCGAGGAUGCUGAGGACGCCGAUGAGUGGGACUACACAUGGACUCACGUCAACAGCCAGCCGCCCAUCUGGAUGCGUGAGCCUAGUCAGGUACCCAAGGAAGACUACAUCGAGUUUUACCGCGCUAUCUCGAAGGACGCGAAGGCCGAGCCUCUCGGCUGGUCGCACUUCAAGGGUGACACUGCGUCGGGCGUCGCCUACCGCGCCAUCAUGUACAUCCCGGAGACGCUACCCAAGGACUUCUGGACCAACAUGAAGUCGGGCAUCAACAACGUUCGCCUUUACGUGAAGCGUGUGUUCAUCACCGAUGAGCUUGGCAAAGACUAUAUGCCGCGUUGGCUUAGCUUCCUCAAGGUUACUGUGGACGCCGACGACCUCCCGCUCAAUGUCAACCGCGAGACGCUGCAGAACCACCGCUUCCUCAAGCAGUUGCAGCGCAUCCUAAUCCGCAAGGCGCUUGAUCUGUUCACGCGCAUCGCCGAGACUGAGCCCGAGCGCCACAAGAGCAUGUCCAAGAUGUUCGGGAACGCGCUCCGCAUUGGUAUGCUAGAAUCGCACAAGGACAAGGUCAAGAUCGCCAAGCUCCUUCGCUUCGAGUCGACGACGACGAACUACACCUCGCUUGAGGAGUACGUCGAGCGCCGCAAGGAGGGCCAGAAACAGAUCUUCUACCUUUGUGGGACCGGCGAGACCACAUCAGACCUUGCGCGCUCGCCUUUCGUCGAGAAGCUCAAGGCGCGCGGGUACGAGGUGCUCCUGCUCAACCUGCCAUCGGACGAGCCGAUGAUGGGCGCGCUCGACACGUUUAUGGGCAUGCGCACGCAGGACGUGGCCAAGAAGGGUCUUAUCUACGGCGACGAGGACGAGGACGAGGCCGAGCGCCGCGAACUCGCUCAGGCGGAGAAGACGUACCGUCCCCUCCUCGACUGGUUCAAGAAGGAGUUCUCGCCGCGGGUCGCCGACGUCGUCCUCACCAACCGCCUAGUUACCUCGCCGUGCACGAUCGUCGUCGACAACGCAGGCUGGAGCGCUAACAUGGCGCGUAUCAUGGCGGCGCAGGCCGACGCCGCCGACGAGCCCAUGUACAACAUCCUCAAGAACCUGCCGCGCGUCCUCGAGAUCAACCCCAAGAGCCCGCUUAUGGAGGGCCUGCUUGCGCGCGUCAACGAGCUGCCUGAGGCCGACGAUGAUAGCGAGACCGCCGAGGGAGCCGAGCUCCGCGAAUUGGCGCAAGUGCUUUUCGACACCACGCUCGUGCGCUCGGGCUUCAACGUGGCUGACCCCGUGUCCUACUUUGAGCGGGUGGAGGCGCUUCUGCGCCGGGAGAUUGGCGUCUCGCUCUCGGCUAAGGCGGACGAGACUGUGCGCCCCGCGCCCCCCACGGCCGACGCGCCACUUGAGGAAGCCCAGCUCGAGAAGGACGAGGCCGAGGCCGAGGAGGACAUCUUUGCGCAGUUCUACACGGACGAGGACAAGGCGUCGUGGGCCGGUGACAAGGACUCGUGGGUCGAUUUUAAGGACUGGAAGAAGACGCGUGACGAGCUGUAAUAGAUACAGUACAUACAAUACAGACAUGCAUGGUCUAGCAGUUCUACUCGUG